AUGAGCAUGAGCCCAGAGCCUGAGGAGGAGUGCUUGCCAGCGUCCUGCACCGCCGCCGCGCGCGCGUCGCGCGACCGCAGGGCUCGUCGAGAGUCGCGCGCGCGCACGGAACCCUCGCGACGAAACCCGCGCGCCGCCCGCAGCGCGAAGAACCUCUUCGACCGCGACGCGAUGGCGCACAACCUGAACGCCGUCGACGGCUGCCGGAGCUACCUGACGCUCUUCGGCGCCGUGGGGGCGGGCGUCGUCGGCGCGACGGGCUGUGUGGAAAUCAACCAGUGCGUCGGGUGCAAUUCUUUACUAAGUCAUUUCUCGGCGAUGACGCGGCCGACCUGGCUCGGUCGAGCGGCGAGGAACCGGCAUCGCCACGCCAUCGAGCAGGCAUCGCGUCGAUGGCGUGGAGGACGACGUGAACGCGCCGUACAAUUUUGAUUUCCACACAGGCGACGGGCCUGCGCGGGCUCCUGUUCUUCGUCGGCACGUAUGUACUGGGAUCAGUCGCGCUGCUGACGCGCAUGCGGUGCAAUCCGGUGGACUAUACGAGUGAGUCUCUGACGAAGUUCGUGAUCAUGGGCGCGCCGGGCUACGCGCUGUCGUUCGUGCUUUUCUGGACGCUCGCCUACGCGUUAGUUCAUAUCUACUAAACAAACGUUGUACAA